GGCAGAGCGGCCACGCCGCCGCCGCCGAUCCCUUUCGUCUCCCCGCGGCCGUCCUCCAGCUUUCCUCCCUCGAUCCACCGACCCAACCCGAUCGCCUUGGGCUCCAGGCGGGCGAUGGGCGACCACUACCAGACGCUGGGGCUCCGGCGCGACGCCACCAAGGCCGAGGUCAAGACCGCCUUCCGCCGCAGCGCGCUCCGCGACCACCCCGACCGCCACGCCAGCUCCACCGACGCGGCCGCCCGCGCGGACGCCGCGCGCCGGUUCCGCCAGGCGUCCGACGCGUACCACGUCCUCUCCGACGACCAGCGACGCGCCGAGUACGACCUCCGCCUUCGCGGCUCCACAUCAUCCUACGCGCGCACCUCCUCCUACGGCUGGGCGUCUUCCUCGUCGGCUUCCUACGGCUACGGCCACGGCCACGGCGGUGGUUCGUGGCGCCGGACGCCUCCGGGAGCAGGCGCCGGCGCGUCGGCGGGAUCAAUUGAUUGGGAAUUCCUGCUGAAGGCGGUCACUCGGCGAGGGUUCCUUAUCAAUCUGGGAUUCGCCAGUGUAUUGCUAUCUGGAGCAGCUUUUCUGGAUGGGAGUAUUCUAGAAAUUUGGAAGAUGAAUAACUCUGGGAAAUCAUUUGAGGAUGCGAUGGAGUCUAUUGAGAAAGUGAAAAGGAGAUAGGUAGUAGAAGUUCUUGUGUUCCACGAAUUCUCGGUACAUAUCUACUGACGUGCGAACUGAUGUGCAUAUUGCUGUCCAGUAAGACCGAUUGUCUUUGUAAUACGUGUAGUUCUGAUUUCUGGUGUCUUUCACGAAGUUGAGCUCGGUCCUUGUAAGACCAUGUGGGGUCUGCAUUCACCCUUCAUAUACAGAAACUGUACAUGUAAUUCUUUUGUGGAUGAAAACAAGUAAUCAUGUUGAAUUUGAAUGUAAUUGGCGUACGCUUUGAGGAAAGGCUAUAUGGGCUUCGCAUUUU